AUGUCCUCGCUUAACGUUGAUCUUCUUGAUUCGGCACUGUCUGCCAUGAUGGGAACCCAUAAAUUCGUAUCAGAGAAGGAAUUUCGAGAACAAGCCAAAUACGAUACUUCUGAUUUGCAAGUCAACGUGAACUUGUUUCAUCAAGUUAACCAUGUCGGUGGUGGUGUCAACUCCAUCGUCAGACAAAGCGUUCCGUCAAUAUCAGUGAAAUCUAGCAAUGACAAAGCGUCCAAAAAUGCAGCCAGACAAAGCAUAUGUCAGCAAGUCGACUUGAGCUCGCUUCAUCAAGUUAACCUUGUCGGUGGUAAUGUCGGCUCCAUCACCAGACGAAGCGCAGCAGUCACCAGUCAAAAUCUGCCAGAAAUCAGUCGAGGAUUGCAGCUUUUCGUUAAAACCCUUACUGGGAAGACUCUAACUUUGAAGUGCCAAGCAAGUGAUACCGUAGGCAAACUAAAAGAAUUAAUUGAGGACCUAGAAGGCAAUCCGCCACAUCAACAGAGACUCAUUUUUGCAGGUAAACAACUGAAAGAUGACCGUACGCUCGCAAGUUAUAACAUUCAAAAGGAGAGCACGAUACAUAUGGUUCUACGUAUUCGUGGUGGACGUGUGAUCAGUUAUCUGGCCCCAAGUGCUAGGGACCCGGAAUACGAUUACGAUUUUACACACAUUCAGGAUAUCGGGGUGAGGUUUACACGAGGAAAUAUUCUGUAUCGAAGACCGUGUGGAUGGCAACGCUAUGCUUUAAAGGUCUCUGGAAGAUAUGACAGUGGUAAUGAUGCUUGGCUUGGCACUGGUGUUGCAGCUUGGCCGGUGUCUUAUCAUGGAACUGCAAAGUAUAAUGCGAGAUCAAUUUCCGAAGAAGGAUAUUUGUUGAGCAAGGGAAAACGUUUCGCCUUUGGACGGGGUAUCUAUUCAACACCUGAUGUUAGCGUAGCCGAACGUUAUGCAACGGAAUUUGAGUUUUCCGGGAGGACAUACGUGAUAGUGAUCCAAAAUCGAGUAAAUCCAAAAAAUUUGGUCAAGAUUGAGGCGACAACAACUGGAUAUGGCGAGUAUUGGAUUUCCAAGGACGGAGAAGAUGUUAGGCCGUAUGGAGUUUGUAUUAAAGAAAAGCCCCGUCCUUCGGUAAAUGGUUAA